CAAUAUUAUACAAUGUACCAAAAAUAGAUCAACUAAAAUUAACCAGGAUGUUUAAAGAAGUGCCAUUCGUAAAUGUUUACGACAGAACACCUGUCAGUAUGCAGUAUGAUAUAGGAAUAUCACAGGCAGCCAUCCCUGACCAGUAAAUGUGACACUAGUAAGAAGGGUGUUUAAAGAAGUACCACUCGCAAAUGCUUACGACAGGACACCUGCCAGUAUGCAGUACGAUAUAGGAAGAUCACAAGCAGCUAUCCCUGACCAGUAAAUGUGACACUAGUAAGAAGCAGGAGAAAUGAAAUACUAUGCAUCUACUGGACGCUUUGUUCAAGAUGACGAUUUCUAUCAAACUGAUGAAGAAGAGAAGAAAAAGACACAUAGACAUUGGAAAACUGAACAGCACAUUAUACAGAUGGAUGCAACAAAACAAUAUUUAAGGGAACAAAGUGAAAGGGGACAUCAGUUUUAUAGCUUAGCACGAGACAAGGAGGGCUUUGCAUUGAUUUACAGGUGUUUUAAAGAUGACGUUUACUAUCAAACUGAUGAGGAGGAGAGGAAAAUAACACCUAGACAUUGGAAAACUGGGAAGCACAGUUUAGAGAGGGAUGAAACAGAACAACUUUCAGGGGAUCAAAGGGAAAUGAGAAAUCAGUUUCACCGCUUGGCACGAGUCAUGGAGAGAUUUGUACUCACUAGAAACCGUUUGAAAGCACGAGACAUAGAUUACGUUGUAUCCACUGAAUACUCUUUUAAAGAUGGUGAUUUGCAUCAAACUGACGAGAAAGUGAAGAAAGGGAAACCUGGACGCCGGAGAGCUAGGAAGCAAAUGACGGGGAGGGAUGCAUCAAAUCAACCUUUAGGGGACAAAAGCGACAGGGGACAUCAGUUUCACAGCUCGGAUGGCGACUUGCAUCAAACUGAUGAGAAAGUGACGAAAGGGUCACUCAAACGCCGUAGAGCUAGGAAGGAAAUGACAAGGAGGGAUUUAACAAAUCAACCUUCAGGGGACAAAAGCGACAGGGGUAAGCAGCUUCACAGCGCAGGAACGACUGAAUCAUCCAGCAAAAGCAAAGUUCCAGAUUCGUUCGAAGAAAUUUCCGUACGACAUGCAACGAAACAUGGAAACAUUCGGUUGUUGCAUGCGUUAGCAGCAACGUCAAAAGAAGGUAUCGCCGAAUUUGGACACGCCUUUCCCUUGCACACCGCCGUAUCGCUUGGAAUGAAGAGAACCACGUCGUUCCUUCUACAAUCUGGAUUUGAUUUGGAAGAGAGAAAUGAGUCUAAUCGGACUCCAACCGAAUGUGUCGAUCCACGGAAUGACAAUGUUUUGUGUGAAUACAUAAGAAAAAUGGAUGGAAUAGAUGUUUCUCUGUCGCAACCUAGCUCACAUCAACCCAAUGUUAUCAUCGUUCGUAAAGGCUCAUGUCACGAGGAAACAGUCUGCAUUGUCAACAUGGAGAGAGUUGAUUUAUCUACAAGAACGGUUUACUUUCCUUCUACACAGUUCCGAUCAACUUUCAAGGACAGAGACCCAUCGAGACAAAUGUUUUUUGCCUCCCCUUUCCUCUCCGAAUACAGCAUGGUCUGUACCUAUCAGAUGUUCGGUUUGCUUUGGCUCCUUGGGAGAUACCAUGCAGAGGACUUCCUUCAAUGCUUGAACGAUAUAGUCCUUCCAGAAAAAAACAUCCUGCGAUGCAAAGAUGGCAGCACGGGCGUUAUCGAUUUCUGUACUUGGAUCAACAGCAGAGAGGAGGAACAUAAAGACCACAACAACGAAAGUAGUAUGGAUAAAUUACCCGAUUGGAUUCGCGCGCUACUCCAAAAGACAUCUGAAUCCCUGCGUGCGGAUACAAUUCUCUGUGAUGGAUGGACGCCGAUGCAUUACGCUGUCCUGACACGCAAUGAUGAACUCGUCAAACAAUUGCUAGACUCGGGGGAGGGACAUUUGACAAACAAAGCACAUACGCUGCUCCCAGAAUUUAUCCUUGACCAACUAAAAAGAGAAAGCCGUUUUGAGUAUGAGUUUGUUUACAGUCACAUAGAAGGAUUCACGCCUCUUAUGCUUGCUACAUUCACAGAAAAUCAAACGGCGAUUAAACUGAUUGGUCAAUGUAUUGAAACAUUGAAUAUAUUCAACGGAAAAGAUGUCGCUGAUUGUCUCGAGUUAACAUAUUGUGAAGACACAGAAAGAAAUCUUCUUGACGUCCUUUGUAGGAAAGGUGAAGAAUAUUUGAAGCAGGAGUAUCAUGUUGAUGUCAACUUACAACCCUUCUACCGAAAGAAAAGCCCGUUGAGAAGGAUACUGUUUGCUUCCUCAACAGAUGUGCUUGAGACAAUUGAAGAGGAUUUCUUCGCUGCCAAAAUCAUAGUUGAGAACAAAACUAUCGUCAACGACUAUCUAAAAACGGGUACCACAGCCGCGGUUUCCGAAAAAGAAGAUACACUUUUGGCAGAAACUUUACAGUUUCACUCAGCUAGGUUAUGGAAAAGACACAGUUCGCUUAACGCUAUUUUGCCAGGACACGUAUCGGCACUUCCAGAUACAUGCCAAGGGUAUCGCAAGUCGAUCAUGGUUGUCUUUCAUAGCAUUGACAAGGAAUUGAUUCCUGCAUCUGAAUUACCCUUCCAAGAAUAUUUGUUAACCAAAGAACAACAAAUAUUAGUUCACGUUACAGAGGGGUUAUUCCGAUUUGCUACAGCAACGAACCACACGGCACAGGUAGGCCGAAGCAUUGAUUACGACAAAUACCGCGCCACACUAGGAACAUUUGUUGAGAGUUCUCAGAAGCAAAAAGGAAUGUUGACCUGUGGUCAUACCUUCCUAAAAGAUUUUAUGGACAGCCGUGAUCCUUUCUUUGACCGUACAUAUGAUCCAAACUCUUCAGCAGAAGUCUUCGGAGUGUAUAAAAUUGAGGAAAAUCGCCUGAAAGUUUUUAAAGAAGACAAGACAUCUGCAGUUAAGAGCAACACCAAGGAACCUACCGCUGACAAUGCAAUGGAAAUCACGUAUCCGCAUGGUGGCCGCUCUGGAUAUGUGAAAAGAUUGCUACUUCGACCAGACAAAGAGGUUGGUAUAGAUGCAGCUCUCAUCAUGUUCCAUGCUGACACACAAUUCACCAUUGGUCCACAUCUGCAUCUUGAGCAUUCUAUGGCCACUCAGCAACUGGAAAAUCUAGGUAUUCAAAACAUGGAUUACCUGCAGUUCAAUAACGGCGAAGCAUUUUAAUGUAAAAGAUCUGUCCGCGUCCUAAAAUGUGGCAUUGGAACUGGUUUAACUUAUGGAGUCAUUCCUUUCGAAUGUUCAACGGGCCAAGUUAGAAUAAGCGACGGUAAAUCCGAACCUAUGGGAUUCGACAACAGUAAAUCAAAACACAUAAUGAAAGGACAGAUUGUGGUUACACCGUUGGAACAAGCGACAUUCUGUGGUCAAGGAGAUUCAGGAUCUGCGGUGUUUCUAAAGGAGGCAGGUUCACUAGGUUCGCCAUUGAAGUGCAUUGGAAUGUGUAUUGGAUCUAUGACGAAUAGCCCCGAGACGCUUGUAACUCCAAUUCGUUCGCUUUUAGAAGCGAUAUCGGAGGGCCAGGAAACCACGUACUCACUACUGACAUCAUUUGACAUCCCUGUACCCGAGGUGUCAGAGGGAUAAAUACGUGUGAAGUACGUGUGAUAGUAAUAACAAUUGGUGGUGUGAAAGGAGCUCAGCGUUAUCAAUGAUAUACAAACAAGAAAUUACUCUUCAUUAUUUAUGUAAACAUGCUACUAAAUGCUACUCUUGUCACAUAUGAUAGAUUGGAGUGAAUAAGUAAAGCCAUAACAAACUGACGUAUUAUCUUUAGGCAAAAUCAGACAUGGCGAUUGGCAGUCAGCAUACACAAGUAAUGUAUCAAUCAGAUGCUUGGGUGGCCAGGUUUGAUACCGAUCAGUAAAUAAAAACGCGUAAUGCACAUUAACGCAUGCAAAGCAAUGCUCCUUUGAAGUAUCCGGCCAGUAGUUUCUGAGAAAAAAGUCCGGAAACCAUUUUUCGGAAAAAAAUCAAACAUAAUCUUGGAUAUGAAUGUAACUUCGUGUUUCAAACAUUUUUCUCACUGAUUUGAUUGCAUUCUAAAACAUUUUAAUAUAAAUGUCUAUUUUAUGUCAGGCAUUUGUAAAGUCCGUUAAAAUAAAGUCGAGAUUUCAGAGCAACUAUUAACCGUUACCGUUCGAGUAUUUAUAGAAAUCAAACCAAACAACGAAAAGAAACCAUCACCAUUAUUUUCUGCUAAGUCCAUAGCUGUUACAGAAUCUCCAGUCUAUCUCGACAUGACCAGAAUUUCAUAUUCAGUUACAUAUGUACGUGCCCUCUAGCUGAUGUGAUAGAAGUGCAAAUACCACGAACGACUGCUUACAAGCUUAGGUGAACAGUAAGUAACACAUACUGCUAUGAGUUAUGUCAUAUUUACUUGCUUUUGUUACCAAAACCUAUAGUAUACUUAUAUAAUACCUAUGUAAUAAUCAUGUGUGUAAAGAUAUACUUACAUUAAUCAAAUAUUAUAAAUAUGAAAACAUAAACAUUGAAACUUACAUAAACACUGUUCACUAGACAGUUUACUACAUGUGUAUACAUUAGGAUGUAUACGGCUUUCUGUAUUAUCAUAUAUAAUACUGGAAGAGGGAGUAUCAACAGUGACACAUAUCCAAGUAAUACAUAUCUAAUAAUCAUGUGUGUAAAGAUAUACUUACAUUAAUCAAAUAUUAUAAAUAUGAAAACAUAAACAUUGAAACUUACAUAAACACUGUUCACUAAAAAAAAUACUAUAUACAUACAAAUGUAUACAGCUUUCUGUAUUAUCAUACACAUAUCCAAGUAAUACAUAUCUAAUAAUCAUGUGUGUGAAGAUAUACUUACAUUAAUCAAAUAUUAUAAAUAUGAAAACAUAAACAUUGAAACUUACAUAAACACUGUUCACUAAAAGGUUUACUAUAUACAUACAAAUGUAUACAGCUUUCUGUAUUAUCAUAUAUAAUACUGGAAGAGGGAGUAUCAACAGUGACACAUAUUCA